AUGGGGAAAGGGGUGACUGUUUACAUACGCGUCCAACUCACAGUCCUACUGGCUGGGAGGAUACUAGCUAGGAUACUUAGUCCUAUGGCUGGGAGGAUACUGGCUAGGGUACUUAGUCCUAUGGCUGGGAGGAUACUAGCUAGGAUACUUAGUCCUACUGGCUGGGAGGAUACUGGCUAG